AUGUGCCACUUUCAGGUCUCUUCACACUGCUGGUGUGUUGAAUUUUUUGACAUAGGGUGCUGGCAGAUUACGGGCCUCCCAUAGCUGCUGCCAGGCCCCUAAUCUGCCAUGGGCCCCUGUACCGCCUCCUCAUGCUGCUGCCAGGUCCACAGUGUCUCAUGGGUCCCUGUACCGCCUCCCAUUGCUCCCACUCUGCCAUGUGCCACUUUCAGGUCUCCUCACACUCCUGCUGGUUUCCAUUUUGUCAUAGGUUGCUGGCAGAUUACAGGCCUCCCAUAGGUGCUGCCAGGCCCCAAAUCUGCCAUGGGCCCCCGUACCGCCUCGUCACGCUGCUGCUGGGUCCCCAGUGUGACAUGGGUCCCUGUACCGCCUCCCAUUGCUCCCACUCUGCCAUGUGCCACUUUGAGGUCUCCUCACACUCCUGCUGGUUUCCAUUU